AUGUCAGCUCAAGAGGAAGCACUCCAAGACAGCUGCACCGAUUGUCAAGCUUCACCGCAGCCUGCGGAAGUCUGCGCUAUUGAAAAAGCAGAUUGGAAGCAACCUUACGUCGAUUUCAUCCAACACAGGAGGUUACCUAGGGACAGGCAGGCGGCUCUAAAAAUCCAAAAGAAGGCAACGCGUUUCUUUAUACACGAGGGCGUCCUUUAUCGCAGAAGCUAUGGUAACGCCGCGCUACGGUGUUUGGCGGAUCGGGAGGCGGUAGAAGUAAUGACCCGGUCUCACGAUGCUGAACAUCAGGGGAUGCAGAAACUGUUCUUACAACUUUAUGAGGGAGGCUUCUACUGGCCAACCAUGGAAAGCGAUACCGCGAAACAUGUUCGAAAAUGA